AUGGGUUCAUAUGUCAUGAAUUUAAGCGAAAGUCAAACAAACAACAAAUGUUUAAUAAUAUUAUUAUUGUCUGAAACAAAAGUCUGGUCGACAAGAAGUGUUACCACCACUUCUUCUUCUUCUUAUUCUUCUUCAUCGACCUCUGGCCGUGAUUUUUACGGCCAUAUUAUUCAUGUAUUGAUUUUUAACUUAAAUCCGGUCGACAUCUUCAGCCGUGCCUUUUGGCGAUCGCUUCCUAAUCUCGUCAAUAGAGUUGUACUCAAUUGCAUUUCAUGUAACCGAAAACGCAAGCAAAAGUCAAGUCCGAAAAAUCGUGUCCAAUAUAUAUCAGUGACAUCACCGGCAUCGACACCAUCGCCACAGUUGACGUCGUCGUCCUCUUCAUCACUUCCGGCCACAACUUCAUCCUCGGUUUCAUCGUCUAAUUCCAGCCAACAAAACAUUGCCGCAACAGCAGCAACAACAACAACAACAACGAUGGCUCCCAAUGAUAGCUCAUUUAGUCCCGCAGUCACUACUACUACUACUACGGCAGUCACCGCACAGCCGACAGCUCCCAGUCCUGGACUAGUAUUGUUCAACAGUGAAGAACACUCCGAUAUUGUGUUUAUGGUUAGCAACGAUAGUCGACCGGUUUGGCGUUUUCCGGCCCAUUCGUUCAUUGUUGAAAACGCCAGUCCCGUAUUCAAAGCCAUUGUCGAUAGCGGUGGCGGCGGCGGCGGCUUCGGUGGCGCUGACCGAACAGCUGAUGCCAAACAACAACACAUUAAACAAAUCAAUUAUUGUGAACCAGAAAUCUUUUAUGUCAUCUUAAGACACAUCUACACCAAUGAGAUCACCAUCACAUCCGUGUCCAAUGCGCUGACACUGUUUACAGCUGCCAAUCAAUUCCUAUUGGGCGACCUGUGCCGACUGUGUCUGACAUUCCUCUACGACAACUGUACGGACGAAACCGUUUUGGAAAUGCUGUCACAUUUUUCACAAUUUUCAUAUCUGCGGCCAUCAUAUUUGACAACAACACCGCCGACAACAACAACAGCCGCAGCCGCGGACAUCAACAGCAAUAGUGUCUCGUCAUCGCCGAUCAUCUCAAGACAGGCAUCGCUACAGUUUUCCAGCAAUUGCGACAACAUUCUCAACGAACUGAUCACCCGAUGCUACUAUACGCUGGACAGUGAGGCCGUAAAGAUACUGUCAUCGGACGGGUUCAUCAAUCUCGAGCACGACCUGAUUGUCAAGAUCUUGAGCCGCGAUUCGCUGAAUAUUGUUUCCGAAACGACUGUAUUUGAUUGUAUCAAACGCUGGUCCUGUCAACAGUGUACCCGUCAGUGCAAAGAGAUGACCGCCGACAACAAGCGGACACUUCUGGGCAAAGCUCUAUACUGUACCCGCUAUCUGACGAUGACUGUCGACGAGUUUAUGCGCGGUCCGCACUCCAGUGAUCUGCUAUCCGAUCAGGAAAGACAGGCACUGUUGGCCCGUAUGACCGGCGAUACACGAGUACCGAUGCCCAGCCAUCUGACCGGCAGAAAACUGGACGUUCGGCGCGUAUUUGUCGAACAGAAACAACACCUGAAACGUUUGGAUGAGUUGACGAGUCCAUCAUCACCAUCAGCAAUGGCCAACUGUCCACUAAAUACUGGAACUACUGGAAGUAGUAGUAGUAGUAGUAAUGGUGGUAAUGCGGGUAUUAUUGCAAAGAAAAAGUCCACUUCCAAGAAACUGUUGAACGGUUUGGGAGAUCUGGUUAUCUGUGUUAUCCGACUCCUCGACUGAAGACAAACACUUAUGGGUCGACACCACCGACUGUUUCACACACAUGAUCUACCA